AUGUCUGAAUUAAAAGAUCAACAAAUUGAAUAUUUUCAAACAUUAACUAACUGGAAAGAUCGACAAAAAGUGAUUAAUUUUUUGCGCAUGUAUGAAUGGGAUGUCUCUUUUGCUGCUGAAGCAUUUUUGACAAAUCCUGAGGAAAUUAAUAAUAAUCAAUCAUGUAAACCGAUUUUAUUUCGAACAAAUUCAAAAGAAGUUGGAUCUCGAUAUAAAACAGUGAAUGAAAAUUGGACAGCACAAAAAAGAUUUUUUGAAAAUCAUCAACAACAACAACAACAACAACAAACAUCAAAACAUUCAUUGGUUAAAUCAUCACCUCAUUCACUUAACCCAUUAAAUCAUCUACAAACAGCAAAUAAUUUCAAUGAAAUUAUAACUACAUCAAAUAUAGAAUCUCCUGAUGAACGUGUAGAUCAAUUAUUUAAAUUAAAUGGAAGUAAAAGAACUCCAAUGUUUCCUGAUAUCAAUCAAUUAAAACAUAACAAACAACAACUUCUUCAAUAUAUUGAUUCAAAUAUUAUUGGUAAAAAUCUUCGAGCUAAUACUAUAUGGGGAUCUCGAAAUGUUAUUUAUGCUGAUUAUACAGCAUCUGGACGUGGUCUAAUAUUUAUUGAAUAUUGUAUGAUAAACAAUGUUUUACCUUAUUAUGCUAAUACACAUAGUGAAAAUAAUGUAUGUGCAUUACAAACUACAAAAUUUCGUGAAGGAUCACGAAAUUUAAUUAAACGAUAUGUUAAUGCAACUGAUGAAGAUGUUGUUAUUUUUACUGGAUCAGGAUCAACUGCUGCUAUUAAUAAACUUGUUGAUGUUUUAAAUUUGAAAGAUGAAAAAGUUCGAAAGAGAACUGUUAUUUUUAUUAGUACAUUUGAACAUCAUUCAAAUAUUUUACCAUGGAAAGAAACAGGAGUUGAAAUUAAACGUAUUCCUAAUACAAAACAAGGUCUUGUUAAUCGUGAUUAUUUAAGACAACAAUUAAAAUAUUAUCAUGAUGAAGUUAGAAAACAUAUUAUUUGUACAUUUAAUGCUGCUAGUAAUGUAACUGGUAUUACAACUGAUGUUGAUGAUAUUUCAAAACUUGUUCAUGAAUAUGAUGGUUGUAUUUUUUGGGAUUAUGCAGCAGCAGCACCUUAUGUUAAAAUUGAUAUGAAUCCAUCAAAAAUUGCUUGUAAAGAAGCUGUUUUUAUUUCUACACAUAAAUUUGUUGGUGGACCAUCAACACCAGGUAUUUUAAUAGCUAAGAAAAAACUUUUUAAUAAUCGAGUUCCAUCUUCUGUGGGUGGUGGUACAGUAAAAUUUGUAACUUCAACAUAUAUUGAAUAUGUAAAAGAUAUUGAAACACGUGAAGAAGGUGGUACACCAAAUAUUCUUGGUUCAAUUCGAGCUGGUUUAGUUUUUCAUUUAAAAGAAAUUGUUGGUUAUCAUACAAUUGAAACACGUGAAAAUGCAUUAGUUGAAAAAUUCUUCAGACGAUUUCGAAAUCAUCCAAAAUUAAUUAUACUUGGAUCAACAACUCUUCCUCGAUUAGGAAUAUUUUCAUUUCUUCUUUAUGUACCAUUUUUUCAUAAAUAUUUACAUCAUAAUUUUGUUUGUAUUUUAUUAAAUGAUUUAUUUGGUAUUCAAGUACGAUCAGGAUGUUCUUGUGCUGGACCUUAUGUUAUAGAUUUGCUUGAACUUGAUGAUAGAACAACAGAAGUUUUUAUACAAUUUGUUACAGCAGAUGACAGUGGUCGAUUUAAAAAUGUUCCUAAAAAUGCAUUAAUGAAACCUGGUUUUACUCGAUUUAAUUUAUCAUAUUUUGCAAGUGAUGAAGAAGUUGAUUAUAUUUUAAAUGCAGUCGAUUUUAUUGCCAAUGAAGGAUGGAAAUUUUUAGCAUUGUAUACUUUUGAUACAGAUACAGCUGUUUGGCAUCCUCGUACUAUGCCAUCAGAAAAUCAUUUUUCUCAAUUUCAUAGUCUUGAAAUGGCUAAUAAAGAUCGUAGAAUGAAAGAAAAAUUUGAAAAAUAUCCAGUCGAACAUUGGAAUUCAAAUUUUGAUCGUUCAAAUAUAAAUUCAUCUUCAGAUAAUCCAAUCGAGGAAGCUAUAUUAAUGGCAAAUAAUAUACCAAAAUAUGUUUAUGAAAAUAUUGAUUUUCGAACUGAUCCACCAUUAAACAUUCCAGAUGAAUAUAAAGAUUAUAUUUGGUUCAUUACACCUAAAGAUGUUAUUCGAAAAAUAAUUAUUGAUUUUGAACAAAAUGAUAAAUCUACUAGAACAGCAUUAUUUCAUACGAAAAUGAAAAAGUAA